CACACAUCUCUCAAACUUUUCUGCGCCCGGAGCGACGAUGAAAGCGCACGCACUUUCAGCGGCUCUAUCAAGGGUCUCCGAUCCCAAGAUACCGACAAGAAGCUCCAUCUGAAACAUCGGAGAGUGAAUCAGGUUGUAAGAGAGACGUAGGAGGGAGACUGGAGGCAGAAUGCGGGCGCUGUUCGUGGUGCUGAAACCGCUGUGUUUUCUCGCUCUGCUCGGCUACUGCCCUUCCGCGACCAUCAGACCAAAGGAAGGCUGGCAGGUGUACAGUUCAGCGCAGGAUGCAGACGGCCGCUGCAUCUGUACGGUGGUGGCACCAGAACAGAACCUGUGCUCCAGAGACGCAAAGAGCAGACAGCUCCGCCAGUUACUGGAGAAGAUUCAGAACAUGUCGCAAUCAAUCGAAGUGCUGAACCUGAGGACCCAGAGGGACUUCCAGUAUGUCAUGAAAAUGGAGAGCCAGAUGAAAGGACUCCGAUCAAAGUUUAGACAAAUCGAGUCAAACCGAAGAACAUUAUUGACUAAAAACUUUCAGGAGCUGAAGGGGAAGAUGAAUGAACUGCAGCCGCUGAUUCCAGUGCUGGAGCAGUACAAGACUGACGCCACACUCAUUUCACAGUUCAAGGAGGAGAUCAGGAACCUGUCUCUGGUGCUGACGGCUAUCCAGGAGGAGAUAGGCGCGUAUGAUUAUGAGGAACUCCAGCAAAGGGUCCUCGGCUUGGAGGGAAGACUGAGGAACUGUAUGAACAAACUCACAUGCGGUAAGCUGAUGAAAAUCACAGGGCCCACCACUGUAAAGACAUCAGGAACAAGGUUUGGAGCUUGGAUGACAGACCCUCAGGCUUCACCUAAGAACAACAAGGUCUGGUACAUGGACAGCUAUACAAACAACAAGAUUGUCCGCGAGUACAAAUCGGUAAACGACUUUGUGGCUGGGGUCGAAUCAAGAACCUACAACCUUCCGUUCCACUGGGCGGGAACUAAUCACGUGGUCUACAACGGCUCCCUGUACUACAACAAGUACCAGAGCAACAUCAUUGUCAGAUACAGCUUUGAAAGUGGCCGGGUCAUGACGCAACGAGCACUUGAGUCCGCCGGAUUCCACAACGUCUACCCGUACACCUGGGGCGGAUUCUCCGACAUUGACCUGAUGGCCGACGAGCUCGGUUUAUGGGCCAUCUACGCCACCAAUCAGAAUGCAGGGAAUAUAGUGAUCAGCCAGCUGGAUCCUCUGACCAUCCAAGUGCUCAACUCAUGGAACACAGAAUACUCCAAACGAAACGCAGGUGAGUCCUUCAUGAUCUGCGGCACGCUGUACAUCACCAACUCCCACCUGACCGGGGCUAAGGUAUACUACUCUUAUUCCACCAAAACUUCUACUUAUGAGUACAUGGACAUCCCUAUCCAUAACCAGUACUUUCACAUGUCCAUGCUGGAUUACAAUGCCAGGGAUCGUGCACUUUACGGCUGGAACAAUGGCCACCAGGUCCUGUUCAACGUCACGCUGUUCCACAUUAUUAAAACUGACGAUGAAUCCUGAGGGAUCUACCCUGAGGUGAGAUGGAAAACUUUGAUUCUGCAGUUACACUGAUCUGUAAUCGCUGUGGUAUUGCUGUGAAAUAAUGGGUUUUAUAUAUUUUAAUCAAAAGAUGAGCUUAGUUUGAGGUUCAGUGCCUCUGGAGAUGUCAGUUAGCAUCGCACUCCUCCAUUUGUAAAACAAUCAUUAUUACACUCAAACUCGGACUCAGAUAAGGACAUUCAUGAACUUUUAAAACUAUUUAAAUGUUGUUUGUGCAAUUUUUGAUGCGUAGCAGUGGUGUUCAGCUAUAAUACUCGAUUCAGCAAAGAAUGUAAUGAAAACGUUCAACUAGAAACUUAGAAACGUUAAAUAAAAUCCUUGUUAUGAACAUUAUAUACUGAUCUGUCAAACUGUGACUCUUAGGUAUAGCUUGUACAAUGUUUAGAGGAGUACAGACAUAUUUUUCAGCUCUUUUUAUGAUGUACAUCGAAAGGGAUUGUUCUUACCAUUACUCACCAUUAUGUAGUUCCAAAGCUUUAUGGGUUUUUUCAUCUGUGGAACACAAAACAAGAUAUUUUGAUAAAUAUAUCUGCACAAUGGAAAUCAUUGGGAUCCCAUGUUUGGUUCCCAGUGUUCUUAAAAAAUAUCACCCACAGAGGGAAGAAAAAACAUGCAGAUUUGGAACAAAAUUGAGGGUGAGUAAAUGUUAACUUUCAUUUUUGGGUAACUUGACCCUUUAAUGCUUUCAAAUCAAUCCAUGCUCAAAUUAUUUCACAUUGUACAUUGUAAUUACAAUUAAAAAUGUUACUUUCAUUGUUCAUGGUUUGACAUUGUUUCUGUGUACUUCAAAUAUAUAUAUACUGUAUAGUCUGAGAAAAGAAUUAAUCUUUCAACUUUCCCACAAUAGCAGGCAGCAGUCAAAUCUGUGGUGUUUUUGUCAGAAAUGCUAUUCAAUAAUGUUACCGCUACCUCAUAUUUCCAGAUAUAAUUCAACAAAGGCUUUGUUCAUGCUUUUAUUUUCUGCCCAAGGAUACUUGUGGAUGAGAAAACUUUUGAAAUUUCUGAGGGCUUUGUGAUUUUGCUUUUGAUGUUGAUGAGAAAUCAUAUGAGUUUCAUCACCAGCAAAGAGUUGAGUCUUUAUUUACUGACAAUGAUCAGACAAAAAAAAAAAAGUAAUCUUCUCUUCUGUUUAUUACUUAUUCAGAAUUCCUCUCCCUGCUAAAAGAUGGUGGUGAAUAUUCAGAAUGUUCAUACAUUGACACAGAAGAGCUAAUUAUGCUGUUGUUUUCUCAAAACAUGUGAUUCAACCAGUUCUUUGCCAGAGGAUGCUCUAUCAAUAUUCAUAAACUUGAAUGACAAAUAUCUAAAACAAAGUCAUUCAGUUUCCCCUUAAAGGAACAUUGGCACAUCUUGUUUCACUUCCCAUCUGCUGAUGCAGAAACAAGCAACAACGCUAGUCUGACGAACACAAUCUCACUUUAGCCAACACAUCUCUGCAGGCUCAUGAUUCAGAGAAACAUUAUUCAGCAGAGUGAGAAUAAGUACGUUUAUGUAAGGGAUAAUGUACAGUCAGCCGGGCAUUAUUGCAAAAUAAACCCUGAUAGGAGGAUCUUGGG